UCUCCCCUCCACACCCUUCCCCACCCCGGCCACACCCCACCCCCCUACACCUCCCUGCUCCCCCUCCCAUCCCCCACCCCUGUCUGCCAGGUUGGAGGAGGGUUUAAAGCCAGGUGCGCAGAGUCAGCUCGCCAUGUCCAGAUCCGGGGACAGGACCUCCACCUUCGACCCCAGCCACAGUGACAACCUGCUGCACGGUCUCAACCUGCUGUGGAGGAAGCAGCUAUUUUGCGACGUGACCCUGACAGCCCAAGGCCAACAGUUCCACUGCCACAAGGCCGUGCUGGCCUCCUGCUCGCAGUACUUCCGAUCACUCUUCUCCAACCACCCCCCUCUCGGGGGAGGGGUCGGCGGCCAGGACGGCCUGGGGGCCCCCAAGGACCAGCAGCAGCAGCAGCCUCAGCAGCAGCCUCCACAGCAGCAACAGCCGCCGCCACAGGAGGAGCCCGGGACUCCUUCCUCCUCCCCCGACGACAAGCUGCUGACCAGUCCCCGAGCCAUCAACAACCUAGUGCUGCAGGGCUGCUCGUCCAUUGGGCUGCGCCUAGUGCUUGAAUACCUCUACACGGCCAACGUGACCCUCUCCCUGGACACCGUGGAGGAAGUGCUGUCGGUCAGCAAAAUCCUGCACAUUCCUCAGGUCACCAAGCUCUGCGUUCAGUUCCUCAACGACCAGAUCUCUGUGCAGAACUACAAGCAGGUGUGCAAGAUCGCCGCACUGCACGGCCUGGAGGAGACCAAGAAACUGGCCAACAAGUACCUGGUGGAGGAUGUGCUGUUGCUUAACUUCGAGGAGAUGCGUGCCCUGCUGGACUCGCUGCCGCCCCCCGUGGAGUCGGAGCUGGCACUUUUCCAGAUGUCCGUGCUGUGGCUGGAGCACGACCGUGAGACCCGCAUGCAGUACGCGCCCGACCUCAUGAAGCGCCUCCGUUUUGCGCUCAUCCCCGCCCCGGAGCUGGUGGAACGGGUCCAGUCGGUGGAUUUCAUGCGCACCGACCCGGUCUGCCAGAAGCUGCUGCUGGACGCCAUGAACUACCACCUGAUGCCCUUCCGGCAGCACUGCAGGCAGAGCCUGGCCAGCAGAAUUCGCUCUAACAAGAAAAUGCUGCUGUUGGUUGGAGGGCUGCCUCCUGGACCAGACCGGCUCCCCAGCAAUCUGGUUCAGUAUUAUGACGACGAAAAGAAGACCUGGAAAAUACUCACAAUUAUGCCUUACAACAGUGCCCACCACUGCGUUGUAGAGGUAGAGAACUUCCUGUUCGUGUUGGGUGGAGAGGACCAGUGGAACCCAAAUGGAAAACACAGUACAAAUUUUGUCAGCCGGUACGAUCCCCGAUUUAAUAGUUGGAUCCAACUUCCUCCCAUGCAAGAGAGAAGAGCCAGUUUCUAUGCAUGCCGCUUGGACAAGCAUUUAUACGUGAUCGGCGGGAGGAACGAAACCGGUUAUCUGUCCAGUGUGGAGUGCUACAACCUGGACACAAACGAGUGGCGCUAUGUGUCCUCUCUGCCGCAGCCGCUGGCAGCCCACGCAGGAGCAGUGCACAAUGGGAAAAUAUAUAUUUCAGGGGGUGUGCACAAUGGAGAAUACGUCCCGUGGUUGUACUGCUAUGACCCCGUCAUGGAUGUCUGGGCCCGCAAACAGGACAUGAACACGAAACGAGCCAUCCACACUCUGGCCGUGAUGAACGAUCGCUUGUACGCUAUUGGAGGGAAUCAUUUGAAAGGUUUCUCCCACCUUGAUGUCAUGCUUGUGGAGUGUUAUGACCCAAAAGGCGACCAGUGGAAUAUUCUCCAAACUCCCAUCCUGGAGGGUCGGAGUGGCCCUGGCUGUGCGGUGCUUGAUGACAGCAUUUAUCUAGUCGGGGGCUACAGCUGGAGUAUGGGCGCCUACAAGUCAUCUACCAUCUGCUAUUGUCCUGAAAAGGGAACGUGGACAGAACUCGAAGGCGAUGUGGCUGAACCCCUGGCAGGCCCAGCUUGUGCAACAGUCAUUCUACCAGCCUGUGUGCCCUACAACAAAUGACAGCAGGAAGCCCUGGAAUAGUGCCACAUCUAGGAUGCAGGGACGGGUGACAGGCUGUCCUCUGUGAACCAUGCAUUCCAAUGGUACAACUGCCCAAAUCUACCUUUGGUUUCUAAUGACUUACAAGUGACUAUAGAAGAAAGAGAGCUGGUCUUGAGCAGAGACUCUUGUUUGCAACUCAGACCACACUCCAAUUGUGGUGACAGACUCUUCCAUAUCAGGCUGGUUUUACCUUGUUCCGCCUUUAUACAAACUCACGUGGAGCUGAACUUCCACAAAGGGAAAGAUAAACCACAGAAGCCUGGCCCCAGAGACCUAAGAUCUGUAUUGUGCAUUGUUUCCUAACUGCAUGUGAUAGACUUGGACAUUUGGAGAAUAUUUUGUACAGGAAUGAUUCAAAAUCCAAGCCACAAAUGGUUACCCUAUAUUUCAGAAACUCACUUGAUUCUGUAUUGGUAAACACUUGGCUUCUUCACCAACUCCAUAGGUAACACAGCAAAGCAAAACCACAGAAGACCGAAGACAGGCAUCUUUGUUUCCACACAGUCGUAUUUCCUAUUCCCUACAGCCUCCCAUGUGAUUGGGAAAAGUAAGCUGUUGGUCUCUUCGGCAAUUGUUCUCUGUCAGAGUCUUAACUGUGUGUCUUUGAUACUCCCUAAAAAUUAAAACUAAUUGCGCCUUGUUGCUCUUCAACUCCCAGAAACGUCUGCUUCCUCAUUUCUCAUAGCAUUUUAUCUAGUGACCAUAAGGACAGUUUGCCUCAAAAUAGAAAACCAACAACUCCAUCAUGGAAUAUCACAGAAAUUCUGUUGGACAGCAAUUUGUUCCAAAUUUAAUCCAUGAUAAAAACUGACAAAUCACUUUCAGAAAUUCAUGUACACAAGGGAAACUUUCAAGUACAAUCCAAUUAUCUUUCUGAUUCUUAAAACACAUGACUUCCAGCUAAAGAGAUGGCUCAGUGGAGCACUGGCUUCUCAGGUGGAGGACCCCGGUUUGGAGCACCCAAGUGGCAACUUGCCAACAUCCAUAAGUCCAGAUCCAGGGCAUCCAUUGCACCAGGUACACAUGUGGUACACUUACAAACUUGUAAACAAAAUACCUGUACACUUAAAAUAAAAAUAAACAACUCUUUUAAAAUAAUUUUUUUUAAAAAAAAAAUGGACUUACAAACUCAUAGUACCUGACUGCACACUUCCUUGCCUUUGUUUGUCAAGCUCUAGAUAUCCAAUUCUCAUUCCUCCUCCCCUCAGCCCAUUGUUUGUUAUCACUGGAGAUGCCUGGGCUUGCUUAAGUGAGCAACUGAUUCUUAUUUUUAGGAACUCAAAACAUAAAAAGAUCAGGAAAGCAUGACAUGGUCUCUUUGUGGCCAAUCAGAAAAGCAAGAUUAACAGAAACAUGAAUUCAACUGACAAGCUCAUCUGAGUUUGACCAGCAUUGUUAGGCACUUACAAGAAUGGAAAUACUUUUUUUUAAAUCACGGAAGUGUUGAACCCUUCAACAAAGUGAUAUUGAAAACACCAAGUAGGGUAGUCACAGGUGAGAACAAAUGCCUUCACGAGAGGCUUUCACAAGCAUCUCAAGGUGGCUGUGCACACCAAGGUCCAAUGAUGUUUCUACAGAAAAGUGCAAUAUUUGUUGUUUUUGUAUUUAUUUGUAUGUUCAGAUCCAAAGGAUCCGUUGUAAAAAGUAUAUAUGUGAAUAUAUAUACAUAACCAGUGCAACAGCUUUCACUUCCUUUUUCUUGAAAACAUAUGAAUAUAUAGAAAGAAAGAAAGACAGUAAGAACAAGAGAAACGCCCACCAGCAUCCUGGAGAGCAUGAGCUGUUUCCAAAACCGGAUUCUCAGCAGUCACCAUUUCUUCCAAAAGUCGCUGUUUAUACAAGGCUUUUCCUUAGAUUUCUUCCUUGCUUUAUUUUUUAUCACUAGCCAAAUUAAAUAAAAGCAUUUAUGAGAACUCUAAAGCUUUCUGUAUUUCAGAGAGAUGCAAACUUCUAGAGUAAAAAGUGAAUAAAAAUCACAAAGGAUGUAAAUUUUGUAUAGGACUAGAAUGUAAAUGAAGCUUGCUUGGAA